AUGACUAAUUAUCAUCAUAUUUAUCAUAUUUUAAUUUUAACAUUUGUUUUUUUUAAGAAACCAAGAAAAUAUAAACUCUAUGAAGAAAUAAAAAAGAAAAAAGCAAUUUUAGUCAAUUCUGACAUUCAAGCAUUUUACGAUAUGGUUAAAAAUUUAAGAGCUCAGUUUGAAUACAAAGACUUAUGCACUAAUGUUGGUUUAGUUAUUAGUCCUACAAUUGAAAACAACUUUACUAUUACAACUAGUAUUAAGUUAGUAGUACAUUCAACAAAUUAUCAACAGCCGGUAUCUUUUACUUGUGAUUUGAAUUCAAGUGUUGAGCAUGUCAUCGUACAGGCUAUUUGUUCUUUUGAAGGAGACAUUGUUGGUUCAGUAACAGAUUAUGUUUUAAAAGUUUACGGAUUGUCUGAAUAUUUCACAUCUGAAACAUGUUUAGGAGAAUAUGAAUACGUUCAUCAAUGCAUUAAAUUAGAGAAAGAUGUAAUCCUUUCGAUAAUACAUAUAUCAGAACUCAAAAGGCCACUUGCCAGAACUGCUAGGGAUGACAUGAAUCUUAAAAAUUUAACAAUUGAAGACCUUCUUCCAAAUGAACCGGUGCAACCUAUAACAUACACAACAUUGAAAAUUCUUUUAGAAACGAUCGAAAACGAAAUGGAAGGAGCAUUAAAAGUUAUAUCAAAGUUAAAUUCCAGUCAAAACUCUAGUAAUUUCUCUUUACAACCCAUUCGUGUUCAACAAGCCGUUAAAGCAGUUUGCGCUCUCAUGGGACAUGUUGAAACCAUUGAAAUAACGGAAGCCUUAGCCUUGUUUUGUCAAAUUUGCUCAAUGGUUACCUGUAAAACUCUAUCGGAGGAUUCGAAGGCAAAAGUAACAUUUGACGAUGGAGAUUAUUCGAUUGUAGAAAUGGGAAGUUCCGCACUGAAAUGCAUACAAGAAAAUUUAAUAGUUCAAUGCGAUAAAAUAAGGGAAGCAAUCAGAGGGUUAAUAGAAUCAUAUUGUAAUGCAUUUAAUGUCGAUUUUACCCUUAGUAAAACGAAUCCAUCAUCAUUAGGCACGAAAUCAAUUUUGGAAUUUCAAGAUACCAUAUUGGUAAACAUAGGAUCUCUCCAUCGUCUUCAACCUACCUGGACGCAUACGGCUUAUGUUGUUUCUGCACAGAUUUAUUACGGAGCGAGAGCAAUUAAAGAAACGAGUAUUUGUUUGACGGAUGUAGCAAAAACGAGUACGAGCUUUUACAAUAGAGUUGUUUUUGAUUCGUGGUUGAAUUUGAAAGGUGUCACAAUAGCUUGCUUACCAAGAGAAUCACGAUUGGUUUUAACUUUAUACGGGUUGACCCUACUACCACCUGAUCACGAACAGAGCAAAGCUAAUCCUGGUCAGCCACAAUAUGAGCAAAUCGAAUUGGGAUGGUCCGCCAUUCAGUUUUUUAAUUACGAAGGGAAGUUAACUCAAGGUAGUUUUCUUUUAUCUUUGUGGCCGCCAAUAGCUAAUAAGAGGUUUAGCCCAGCCCCUGUUCCUGGUACUCAUCCGUUACAAAAUCAUUCCGUUCUUUAUAUAAAUUUACCAUAUUACGGAGGAACGGUAGAGUUUCCAGCAUUACCAAAAAAUGACACGAAAGCACCCAUGUACGAUUUUGAGAGUUUGGAUAUUAAUACUCAACAAUUGCUUCUUAAUAUAUCGGAACAAGACUCAUUUGCUAAAGAAAUAUUGUGGGAAAAACGUCAUUAUCUUCACGGUAUUUCUCAAGCUUUACCAAAGGUUUUAUUAGCCACACAAAAUUGGGAUUUCACUUCACUAUCCGACCUUCAUGCAAUGGUUCGUUGCUGGAGUCCAAUGGAACCCCUGUCUGCACUUCAAUUAUUGUUACCCUGCUUUCCAGAUUCCGUUGUUCGUUUCGUAGCCAUUUCCUGGAUAAAAGAAUUGGGAAGUGAUGAAUUAGUAGAUUAUUUGCCUCAAUUGGUUCAAGCUUUAAAACACGAAACGUAUGAUGCGAGUCCUCUAGCAAAGUUUUUACUCGAAAGAGCUUUAACAUCUCCUAGAGUUGCACAUUACUUAUAUUGGUUACUUGUUCAGACAUUGCCUGGAUCAUCUCCUCAGAAUACUUCUGAAGUAACAGCGACUGAUGAAAGUUCCGUUGGUAUAUAUCGUUACCAUAGAAGACUUCAAAUAAUGCUACGUUCUCUCCUUGCCGUUUCUGGAGAAACACUUGUUCAGCGAUUAAUGGCUCAACAAGUUUUAGUCAAAAGUUUAUACGAAAUAGCGGAAAGUAUAAAAAAAACAAAGGAAUCGUUGAGAUUGAAAACUUUGCAAGCCGGACUGGAAACUUUACAUCAUUCAUUGCAAGAAUCUCCAGCUCCUUUGCCUUUGAGUUUAUCCGUAUGCGUCGUCGGUAUACAAGUUCGAACGUCAUCAUAUUUUCCCUCAAAUACUCUACCAUUAAAAAUUAACUUUAUUAGCGACGAAGCCAAAAUAUUUCCAGCUAUAUUCAAAAUCGGAGAUUACUUGCAACAAGACAUGUUAACAAUGCAAGUGAUAAGAAUUAUGAAUAAAAUGUGGUUGAAAGAAGGUUUGGAUUUAAAAAUGAUUACAUUUACAUGCUUGCCUACCGGUCACAAAAGAGGAAUGAUUGAAUUGGUCGAAAGUGCAGAAACUUUAAGAAAGAUACAAGUCGAACACGGUUUGACGGGAUCUUUUAAAGAUCGUCCGAUUGCCGAAUGGCUUGGAAAACAUAAUCCAUCGACUUUGGAGUACGAGCGAGCCGUUAAAAAUUUUACAGCCUCAUGUGCGGGUUAUAGCGUGGCAACCUACGUUUUAGGAAUUUGCGAUAGGCACAAUGAUAAUAUAAUGCUCAAAACAUCCGGACAUUUAUUUCACAUUGAUUUUGGAAAAUUUUUAGGUGACGUACAAAUGUUUGGUAAUUUUAAAAGAGAUCGUUCACCGUUCGUUUUAACUUCAGAUAUGGCUUACGUGAUAAACGGAGGCGAUAAACCAUCACAAAAAUUUCACCAUUUUGUCGAUUUGUGUUGUAAAGCUUUUUGCAUUGUACGAAAACACGGAAACAUUAUAUUAAAUUUAUUCGGUUUGAUGGUAUCAUCUGGAAUACCUGGCGUUACUUCGGAUGCCGUACAUUACGUUCAAAAGGCUCUCCUUCCGGACAAAUCCGAUCCGGAAGCUUCUGCUGUUUUUGCAAGAAUGAUUGACAGUUCUCUCAAAUCGUGGUUUACUCAAUUAAAUUUUUUUUUACAUAAUCUUUCGCAGUUGCGAUUUAGCGGAGAUCACAACGACGGUGAUCUUUUAAGUUUCAUUCCAAAGCGUUACACCUGUGAAGAAGAAGGUAGAAUUUUACAAGUAAAAGUUCACGGAUGUCAAAAAAGAUACGAUUCCGAAAAAUAUUAUAUAUACAUAUUAAAAGUCGAUCGGGAAAAUCAACCGAAUUCAACGUAUUUGUUUAGAAAGUAUAAAGAAUUUUGUGAAUUUCAUCAAAAGUUAUGCACCAUGUUUCCCCUGGCUAAAUGUUACAGUUUGCCAUCGGGGAUUCAAAUUGGACGUAGUAACACUCAACAGGUUGCAGAAAAACGUAAAAUAGACAUUGAAAAAUUUUUAGUAUCUUUAUUUAAAAUGGCGGAUGAGAUAGCACAUUCCGAUAUCGUUUACACAUUUUUUCAUUCUUUGCUGAGAGACGAAGAAGAAGAAAUAGAUAUAAAUAAGAAAAAGAUGAAAGGAAAAAAAAUAAGCGAGGAAAACGAAUCGCACAUAAUCAAAGGUCAAAUAAAAGUAUCAACGCAAUAUAGGAGAGAUACAUUUGUUGUUAUGAUACAUCAUGCUAGGGGAUUACCAAAAUUAGUCGCCGGACAAGAACCUUCAACGUACGUUAAAGUCUACCUAAGGCCGGACAAUAACAAAUCCACUAAAAGAAAAACCAAAGUAGUCAAAAAAAAUUGUCAUCCUUCUUUUAUGGAAAUGCUUGAAUAUAGGCUUCCUCUGGAUGUGAUCCGGGAAAGAAGUCUCGAAGUGACAAUAUGGAAUCAUGACACUUUACAAGAAAACGAAUUCUUAGGUGGGAUUCGCUUGCCGCUAAAUAAUUUUCCAUUAGAUAGAGAAACUUGCGAAUGGUAUUCCCUAGAUAAUUUAGUCAGAUGA